AACCCUUUCGUCGCGGCCGAUUCAGCGAAUCAACAAAGCGGAUUUGUUCGGGGAUGGAGAACGUGAAUUUGAAAGUGUUGAUAAUCGGCGACAGUGGUAUAGGGAAGUCAAGCCUUCUGCUAAGGUUUGUAAACGACACCUUUGACCCAGACCAGUCAGCUACCAUAGGUGUCGACUUUAAAGUCAAGACCAUCGUCCUGGACCAGAAGAGAGUCAAACUCUCGAUAUGGGAUACUGCCGGGCAGGAGAGAUUCCGUACUUUGACCCCCAGUUACUACCGCGGGGCACACGGAGUCAUAUUGGUGUAUGACGUCAGCUCGAGAGGUAGUUUCCAGAACCUGGAGACGUGGUUGAAUGAACUGGACACCUAUGCCACAAAGAAGGAUCUGGUCAAGAUGCUGGUGGGGAACAAGAUUGACAAGGAGUCGAGAGAGGUCUCCAGGUCAGAUGGUCUCCAGUUUGCUCGCAGGAAUUCCAUGCUCUUCAUCGAGGCCAGUGCCAAGACAAGGGACGGUGUCCAGCAAGCGUUCCAGGAACUGGUCCAGAAGAUUCUCCAGACUCCAUCUCUCUACUCAGCCGAGGAACACAGACAAACCCUCGACCCUCUGGCCCCGCCCCCCAGUGAUGUCAGCUGGUGUGGGGGUGGCAGCUGCACUGUCACAUGAUCCACCAACUCUCCACAUGAUGUUUGUAUUGUUGGUUAUCUUACAGAGAGUUUUACACCAGGUUUUGUUUUUUGCUGAAAUCUAAUUUCAUUCAUUUGUGAAAUGGAAUGUCACAUCAAUAAUCCCAAAUGGAGUGAUUAUAUUAACACAAAAACUGCAAAACUAAUUUUUACAAGAACACCUGAAUGUUGUACAAAACCAAUUCAAGGAACUGUCAUGUAUGAGCUCCUUCAAUGUGGAUGCUCUGGAUGUUUGUUGCCUUGGGAACGCUAUGGUGAUGACCCUUUGACCCCAUCUUCUUCCUCUCUAACUCCGCCUUCCUGGCAGUGAGAGGACCACGAGGAGUGUGAGACGAGACCUCGGUGACUAAAGUCAGCAGGGCCGCCUGACGAGGUAGGGCAGCUGCUGUGCUCUCUGCUGCCGUUGAACCCUUCUGCAGUGUGGAGUGGGACUUG